GUACUGAGUGCAACCCGUACCUUUAGACAAAAGGCACUACACUCACUGGACGAGGACAGCAAACUAAAUGAGCAGGCUUUCUCUCUCACCCUGAGAGAGCCAUUUCACAAAGAAGAAGUUGUUUUACAGCUCUGUUUUCAGUGUUCUAAAGAGGGGGGAAAUCCUCUAUGUGCAAUUAUUGAUCCUGUCAGAUCACGCCGUGGAAAUACUUGUGUUUGUGUAUACCGGGAUUUCAGUGUCCUUUGGCAGCCCUUCAUCGGGUCUUAAAAACACCAGCUGGCAGUGCCGUGUUGUGGGUGUCUUCUCCUCUUCUUCUUCUUCUUCUUCUUCUUCAUCACUCCUUUUUUGGAAGAGGGUCAUUAAGGGGUGACAGAACAAGGGUACAGUCGCAUCUUGCCAGAGACGGAUCUCACACGAUUAUUGGAUGUGUUUGUGAUAAUAACCAAUAUCCCUCGCUGAAAUAGACGACAGAAACAACAUCAACAACAACAACAACAGAGGGGAAAAAAGACUUGUGACGAAUCAUUUCACUCCACGGAAGGGACGGACUACAGCAACAACAAGAUUUCGUGUAAAGGAAAGGAAAGAAAUACAUCGAAGAUCAAUAUGAGCUGCCUCGUCUUGCGAAACGCGCUGGCAUGCGUGCUGCUGCUGAUGCUGUGGGAAGGUCCAUUCGCUGUGGUGGCGGCGGAGUACAGCAGUUUGGUGCCCGACAACAUCACCGUGCUGGAAGGGGAGAACGUCACCUUGAGGUGUAAGAUCGACUUUGAGGCGACACACAAGGCAUGGCUGUACCGCUCGGUCAUCCUGUUUGCGGGCGAGGACAAGUGGACGCUGGACCCGCGCAUGACGCUGCUGACCAACAACGACAGCGAGUACACCAUGACCAUCGAGAGCAUCACGGUGGCCGACGAGGGCCUCUACCUCUGCAGCCUGCAGGCCGGCAAAAAGGCCCGGCCCUCGCUCGUCUACCUCAUCGUGCAAGUGCCCGCCAGGAUCACCAACAUCUCUCAGGACGUGUCGGUGAACGAGGGGGAGAACGUGAACCUCUUCUGUCUGGCAGAGGGCCGCCCCGAACCCACCGUCACCUGGAGGACCUCCAAAAACGGCCUGUUGAGUGAGGGGGAGUUCGUGGACAUCACGGAGAUCAAGCGUCACCAGGCGGAGGACUUCGAGUGCAUCACCAGCAAUGGGGUCCUGCAGCCGGACGUCCGGAGGGUCAAAGUCGUCGUCAACUAUCCUCCGAUGAUUACGGAUGUGAAGAGCCUGAACUCGGCCCAGCCGGGGAAGACCGCCCUGCUGCGCUGUGAGGCCAUGGCCGUGCCCACCGCCACCUUCGAGUGGUACAAGGACGACCACAGACCUGUAGAGAGUGACAGCACCCUGCGGAUCAAGAACGAGAAGACGCGCUCGUUGCUGCUCUUCACCAACGUGACGGAGAAGCACUACGGCAACUACACCUGCUUCGCCAUCAACCGCCUGGGAACCUCCAACGCCAGCAUGCUGCUACUGAGUGAGGCCCCCGACCAGUUCGAUCAUCAACCCCACCCCAACCCAGACCCUAAGAACCCAAACCCAUGAUCCGAUAAGGACCCAUCAUCCCCAUCCCA